UUACGAGGUAAUUCGAAAAGCAAUUUAAAUUAAAAAGAAAAAAAUGUAUAUCAUAUAUCCAUCAAAAAAGAGGAAAAUUUUGUUAUUGUAGAUUUAACCACCAAUGUCUUUCAAAUUGUCGUCAUUUUUAUUAUCAGUUUUACAUUUAGUUAUUCUAUUAAAAUUUAGUGACAAUAAUAUAGUUCGUUUAUUAUUCUAAAGAUAAUUAAUUGUAUGUGUGAAAUGUCACAUUGAAUGAGCUUCGAAGUGGAUCGCUAUUCGUCUGCGUGGGCACAUAUAGCCCUUUGUGCGGAUAUUACUUGGGCAACAGAACCACCUGAUGAUUUUAUCGUAGCUAAUCAGCGCCUUUGGGCACAACAUUGCCGAGUGUCUCAAGUUCUCCAAGAAACGGCUGAUACGCAGUGCGUAUCAAAUAGUUGUGAAUCAGAUAAAAUCGCAAAUCAAGAAAAUGGAAGCUGCUGCGGUCGGCGGAGCGUGAAGGACGUCAUACCAGAAUCUAGAUUGGCGCAAUUUUAUGGAAACUUUUAUUACGACGAUACCAGGGAAAAUUUGUACACGUGUGCAAAUGAGAAAGCCAAUGCACGCGGUUAUAACGGACAAGGAAGAGAAAAUUCAGAUCUUACAGAAUGUUGGAUGUUACCUGAGGUUGAUUACUGGUUCCGUAAACUAGUCGAGGAUCCGGAUAGGAGCGCGGUCCCGCGCCGCCGUCGACAGUACAAGAUGCUCCCGGACGAAGAUUUCGAGCGCUGGGGCCCGCCAGACGUGGCGACGCUGGCAGCGCGCGUGGCGGCAGCUCGGUCUGUGUGGGCGCCCAGUCCUCCGCCCGCUCGACGCAAGAUGCGCGCGAGACGCCGCCCUCCACGCCGCGUGCCAGCUCCCCCGCCGCCUUACUGCCUCGACAAACCCGCACUAUUCUGCGAUCCCUCUUUUAAGUUCCAGUUCGAAUCCCCUCGACCGCCUCAGCUGACAGAAUGUCAGCGAGCGAUGGGUCGCUUGUCUGCGAGUGUUCAAGCCGUGAUGCGGGCUAACGCCUCUCGAUGUCCACCUUACCGAGGCACAAACGUCAGCAGAUACGCGCCGACUGGUCAGAGGCCAUUACGAUACACGGACAGACGAUAUGGAAUCUGGUGGCCGCGUGAUAACCCUUCCCCAAAACUCAAUCGUAAACUCAACCUAAUAAACGUCCAGAACAACACUCCCAAACUGACAGUGGCAAACACUGAAAGUGAGACCAAAAAAGAAGAUUCGGAAGAAAGCAACAGAAAUCAGACUCCAUUGGAAGAACAGCAGGAAACGGAAACCCAAAAUCAAAAGGAAAAAGUCGUCGACGAUGAACUUCCGUCUACCAGUGCUGCGGCCAUAGACUCGGGGAUAAGGAAAAAACGACUUUAUAGUACCGUGCUCAGUAUGAGUGCUCCACCGCCGAUAAACUUAAACGUAGGAUGUAUAAGACUGACGCAGAAAUUAGGCACUCCAGGUCUGAUAAAACUGAACCCUAAAAUUGUUUUGCCAACGAGAAUCCGAGCGCCGGUCGUUGAUAGCAAAUUCGAAGAACUCGAAAAGGAAGCCUUAGAACAAUACAAAGCUUCAGAUGAAAGCAUAGAUACCAAGUUUCGGGAACUCGAGAAGGAGGCGGUUGAACAAUACAGCACCAGCAACAGUAAUACUAGCUGCAGCAGUAGUAACUCUAACGAGAAGAAAUCCAGCGCUGCCCAAGAGACUGACACAAAAAAUAAAAAGGAUACAGCAAAAUUUCAUAAAGAUAACUCCGUCGACAGCGUUGUAAUAUACUCGCAGAACUUCCCGGACCUUAACGCCAAAGGACAAACAAACAGUGAUAUAAAUUUAAAAAACUUAUACAUCCCCCCGAGGGGGGAAAAAAAGGAGCUCACACAUAGAUCGAGCAAGUUGAGGAACGUUAAAAACAUUGAGUGCCAGAGACCAGCAUCCGACACGGACUAUGAUUCGAGGGAGAACAACGUCAAGGGAAACCAUAAGUCGAUGAGAUGGACUUUACAUGUUAUGCCACCAAAGAAAAGGCACUUGUCGCUGUGUGUAUCAGACUUCUCAUCUGAUGAAGACAUCGAGGAUACUUCGGGAUCUCUCAAAGAUGCUGGACCGUGCAUAAAAAGUCACGUCACUGGCAAACUGAAAAUGUCCGCCCACGGUGGAGGUGACUUGCGUCCCAUCAUGAGAAAAACUAACUAAACCACCAUCAACAAUUUGGAUGCUUUACAUGUCGUACCACUAAGUUAUCAGAUUCCCGUCUUUUGGGCAAGUUAAAACUUUUGGUAUGAUUUAUUUUAUAUAACAAUUUUGAUUGAGAUUCUCGCAAACGCGUAGCGAACUAUGCAGUGGCCGUGUCCAUAGCUAUUCUGUGCUGUUUUACUAGUCAUAAAAACUUUGUAUAUAUAUUUUUGUAUUUUUGAAUUUAUUAUUAAGAAAAAUAAUUUCAGUUAAAAAAAAUAGCAUUACAGAGUUUAAAAUUCUUUAGGUGUUUUGUCAAAUGACAAUAAAAUUAUUAUUUUAAUUAUAAAUAAGCUAUUAUUUAAGUGAUUCACUUAUUCACAAUAACAAAGAACAAAAAAAAAUA